GAGGGCUUUUCAUGUUUUUUCGGAAAUAAUCACUCCCCUCAUACAUGCUCCCCAAGAUCCACACUCAUCCUAGUUGGCAGAUUCUGCCGCCAGAGUAGUAACGAAUCUCACAUCUGGUUACCCCAAUUUUGCCGGACCCCACCGCACUUUCUGAGUUGACUGCACCCCCGCAAUUCUCUCCCUCUUCAAGUAGAAGAAGGACAAUGUGACCAGUACUACUAGUAUACUCUUCUGUUCAAGUGUCUCCCGAGUCCCGUCCCUUCACCCCCGCCACUCCCAUCCAACGAGCGCCAUGACCUGGAGCAAGUCCCCGGCGAGCAGCGGCGCCACCGCCGUAGAUGUCGGCACUUCCGACGACACCGGCCAGGCCCGCCUCCGCGAGCUCGGAUACAAGCAGGAGCUCAAGCGGGACCUCUCAGUGCUGGCCAACUUCGCCUUCUCCUUCACCAUCAUCUCGGUGCUGACGGGGGUCACGACGCUCUACAACACGGGCCUCAACUUCGGCGGCCCGGUCACCAUGACCUUCGGCUGGUUCGUCGCCGGCGCCUUCACCAUGACGGUGGGGCUCUCCAUGGCCGAGAUCUGCUCCUCCUUCCCCACCUCCGGCGGCCUCUACUACUGGAGCGCCCGCCUCUCCGGCAACCGAUGGGCGCCCUUCGCCUCAUGGAUCACCGGAUGGUUUAACAUCGUUGGACAGUGGGCGGUGACGACGAGCGUGGACUUCUCGCUGGCGCAGCUGAUCCAGGUGAUCAUCCUUCUGAGCACCGGCGGCAACAACGGCGGCGGGUACCUGGCGUCCAAGUACGUCGUCAUCGCCUUCCACGCCGCCAUCCUGCUCAGCCACGCCGCCAUCAACAGCCUCCCCAUUUCGUGGCUCUCCUUCUUCGGCCAGUUCGCUGCCGCCUGGAACAUGCUAGGUGUCUUCGUCCUGAUGAUUGCCGUGCCGACUGUUGCUACCGAGAGGGCAAGCGCCAAGUUUGUCUUCACGCAUUUCAACACUGACAACAGCGCUGGAAUACAGAGCAACCUGUACAUCUUUGUCCUGGGCCUCCUGAUGAGCCAGUACACGCUCACCGGAUACGACGCAUCCGCUCAUAUGACCGAGGAGACGAAGAACGCGGACAGGAACGGGCCGAUCGGGAUCAUCAGCGCGAUCGGGAUAUCGAUCGUGGUGGGCUGGGGAUACAUACUCGGCAUAACGUUCGCGGUGAAGGACAUUCCCUACCUGCUGAGCCCCGACAAUGAGGCCGGAGGGUACGCCAUCGCCGAGGUGUUCUACCUCGCCUUCAAAAGCCGGUACGGCAGCGGCGUCGGCGGGAUCGUCUGCCUGGGGAUCGUCGCCGUCGCCAUAUACUUCUGCGGCAUGAGCUCCGUCACAAGCAACUCCAGGAUGGCGUAUGCGUUCUCGAGAGACGGGGCGAUGCCGCUGUCGUCGGUGUGGCACAAGGUGAACAAGCACGAGGUCCCCAUCAACGCCGUCUGGCUCUCGGCCUUCAUCUCCCUCUGCAUGGCGCUGCCGUCGCUGGGAAGCCUGGUGGCGUUCCAGGCAAUGGUGUCGAUCGCGACGAUCGGGCUGUACAUCGCCUACGCGCUGCCCAUCUUCUUCCGGGUGACGCUGGCCCGAAAGUACUUCGUGCCAGGCCCAUUCAACCUGGGGCGCUACGGCGUGGCCGUGGGCUGGGUGGCCGUGCUCUGGGUGGUCACAAUCACGGUGCUCUUCUCGCUGCCGGUGACCUACCCGGUCACCAAGGACACGCUCAACUACACCCCCGUCGCCGUCGGCGGGCUCUUCAUCCUCGUCCUGACGUCGUGGGUCGUCAGCGCCAGGCACUGGUUCAGAGGACCCGUCACAAAUUUGGGCGGCUAGCUAGGUUUGCUGCUCGGAUCCUCUGCUGUGUCGUGCGGAUUGUUGUGAUGUGGUUAGUUGUACGCUGCAGCUGUAGGCUGGUGGUUGUAUCUGAAAUUCAACAGUGGCCGAUGGAAAAUACAAGAUGUUUUCCAGAGGAAAAAAGAAGAGUUGGCUGGGAGAGAACACAAACUGAGAGUUUGAGUGCCCGGAAUCGAGUUUGCGAGUCAGGUCAUGCAACCACUUGUCUCUGUUCUGAAAAAUCUAUACGUCUUGGACAGAACAAAGUAUAGCAAUGUUUCUCAUGGAUCCAUUGGGGGAUGUAUCCGGUGAAAACAUUCAUCCAGUGCAACUUUGCAAAUUAUUCAAGUAGAUCAUUGAUAAAAAAUCUCA